GAGCUGCCCUUCAUGGCAACAGAAUCCACAACAACAAUGACUUUUAUCAGCAUCUUCAUCUGGGCACUUGUCAUCUGCACUCAGGAAUCCAGUGGACAGUAUACUGUGACUCAGACUCCAGCAGUGAAAUCUGUUCUCCCAGGAGACACAGUCGCUCUGAGCUGUAAAGUCAGCAGUGCAGUGUAUAAGUUCUCAGAUGGCGAUGAAUCCCUAUAUUGGUAUCAACAGAAACCUGGAGAAGCUCCCAAACUCCUGAUCAAAUAUGCAAUUAAGCUUCAGUCUGGGAUCCCAACUCGUUUCAGUGGCAGUGGAUCUGGGACUGACUUCACUCUGACCAUCAGUGGAGUCCAGGCUGAAGAUGCAGGAGAUUACUACUGUCAGAGUUACCACAGUGGUGGUGUGUUGACUUUCGGACCCGGGACCAAGCUGAUUGUGAAAUCUGGAAGCCCCACUGCUCCUUCCUCCGUCUCCCUGCUUCCUCCCUCCAAGCUGGAGCUCGACUCAAAGGGCAAAGCCACCCUGGUCUGCCUGGUGAAUAAUUUCUACCCUGAUGUCGUGGAUAUCAAGUGGACGGUGGACGGGGUGGCCCAGUCGUCUGGUGUGCUGACCAGCACAAUGAAGCAGAAGGAUGGGAAAUACAGUGCAAGCAGCAGCCUGACCCUCACCAAGGCCGUGUGGAACAGCAAGGAGACAUACACCUGCACUGUGAAGCACGAGGCUGUGAGCACUCCCAGGAGCGAGUCCAUCAAGAGGAGCGAGUGCACACUAUUAGAUGCCUAAAGGGCAAGAGAAUCCCGCUGCUUGUAAUGUCCAGCUUUCUUUGGGUAUGAAUUAGGAGGGUCACUGUAAUGUCUUUGUGUAAGAGCAGCAGACAGUGUAAGAAUGGGAAAGGUUCAAUGUGCCUGACCCUUAUGGUUGACUUUCUUCUAUUCGCUGUUUAGUUAGUGCCUCGUCUAUUGUUGUUUUGCUUGUCAAUGUUAAUCUAAUGACAAUUGUAUGUUUCGUGUGUUUUUCUCUGAGUGUAGUAAUAAAACAUUUAAAAAAAAGUA